UCUCUUGGCAGUCACCAUGAGGGCGCUGGUCCUGCUCUGCUGCUUCGUGGCCUCGCUCCUGCUCCCAGGACAAGCAGAAGAGGCGGAGGAUGUGAGUGAGGAAGCCCCUCUGCGGGACCGCUCCCACAUCGAGAAAACGCUGAUGCUGAAUGAGGACAAGCCAUCUGAUGAUUUCUCUGUGGUGCUGCAGCGGCUUCGGAAGAUCUACCACUCGUCCAUCAAGCCCCUGGAGCAGUCCUACAAAUACAAUGAGCUUCGGCAGCAUGAGAUCACAGAUGGUGAAAUCACCUCCAAGCCCAUGGUGCUCUUCCUGGGACCGUGGAGCGUUGGCAAGUCCACCAUGAUAAACUACCUCCUGGGGCUGGAAAACACUCGCUACCAGCUCUAUACAGGCGCCGAGCCCACCACCUCCGAGUUCACGGUGCUCAUGCACGGGCCCAAGCUGAAGACCAUCGAGGGUAUUGUCAUGGCCGCCGACAGCGCCCGGUCCUUCUCGCCCCUCGAGAAGUUUGGCCAGAAUUUCCUGGAGAAGCUGAUUGGCAUCGAGGUUCCCCACAAACUGCUGGAGCGGGUCACGUUUGUGGACACACCAGGCAUCAUUGAGAACCGCAAGCAGCAGGAAAGAGGUUACCCCUUCAAUGACGUGUGCCAGUGGUUCAUCGACCGAGCGGACCUCAUCUUUGUCGUCUUCGACCCCACCAAGCUGGACGUGGGUCUGGAGCUGGAGAUGCUUUUCCGCCAGCUGAAGGGGCGCGAGUCCCAGAUCCGGAUCAUCCUGAACAAGGCCGACAACCUGGCCACGCAGAUGCUCAUGCGGGUGUAUGGCGCCCUCUUCUGGAGCCUGGCCCCGCUCAUCAACGUCACGGAGCCCCCGAGGGUUUACGUCAGCUCCUUCUGGCCCUAUGACUACAAGCCCGACACCCACCGGGACCUGUUUCUCCGCGAAGAGAUCUCCCUCCUGGAAGACCUGAACCAGGUGAUCGAGAACAGGCUGGAGAACAAGAUCGCCUUCAUCCGCCAGCACGCCAUCCGCGUGCGCAUCCACGCCCUCCUGGUCGACCGCUACCUGCAGACGUACAAGGACAAAAUGACCUUCUUCAGCGACGGGGAGCUGGUCUUCAAGGACAUCGUGGAGGACCCCGACAAGUUCUACAUCUUCAAGACCAUCCUGGCCAAGACCAACGUCAGCAAGUUCGACCUUCCCAACCGCGAGGCCUACAAGGACUUCUUCGGCAUCAACCCCAUCUCGGGCUUCAAGCUCCUGUCCCAGCAGUGCUCCUACAUGGGGGGCUGCUUCCUGGAGAAGAUCGAGCGGGCCAUCACCCAGGACCUCCCCGGCCUCCUGGGAAGCCUGGGGCUGGGGAAGAACCCGGGCGCGCUCAACUGUGACAAGACAGGCUGUGGCGAAGCCCCAAAGAACCGCUACCGGAGACCCUAGGUGGCCACGGAGCCGUUCUCCGGCUCGCGGUGGUGAAUGAGCUUGUGUCCUGCCGGUUGAGAAGUCCUGGUGUAUUAACCCUUUGAGCCACACUGGCGAGAACCGCUGCGCAUUGGAUUCGGGAGUUCCUGGAGGCCAGUGGGGGGGGUGGGGUGGGGGGGGGAGCGUGGGAACUGUGAAUCCCGGCAAGCUGUCUCGUCGUCGCUUCAGUUAGGGGCCUGGUGGAGACGGUCGGGCCGCACCUGCUUUUCCUGGGUCCCGUCUCCAAGGCACAGAGAGCAGCUACACCCUAGUGUAAACUGAGUGAAUGAGCGUCCGUAAGUAAAAAGAGCGGAAGAGCCCUUUUCCCUGCUAAGCCGGGGUAAUAAAGACGACUUGAGUCCUGCAGGGCUGCCCGCUGCGUCCACGCGGCUGCCUUCCUCCUGCCACCUUCUGUGUGCCCCCAGCCCUUGGCUGCCUCCUGGCUUGGGUUGGCUUGAACCAGAGGCCAUCUCUGGGGCCUGAAUCAAGCUGGCUGCUGAGCGCACCCCCCGGGCCCUCCUCCUGCUUCUCCAGGGGGCGGGGACGGUUCACUAGGAACCACGGAAGGCGCUGCCGUCCCCCAGGCCAUUCGUUGCUCUGGCGGCAUCUUCUAAGCCAGCUUCCAAGCCAGCCGGCAAGCUCGGGCCCUUGCUCGGUCCCGUGCAUUCAGGUAAUUUACGUCUUGGAAGCCACCACCGUGAAGGUCCCGGCAGGGCUCAGAGGGUUAAUCGGUUUGCAGUGUGUCUUUGUCUAUUGCAUGUCUUGGAUAACUCAGACCCCAAAGGCUUUGGGUUUCAGAAGGGACAGUGGAGAGCUUGCUCCUUGCUGUUGGCACAGCGCCUCCGCGGAGACGCUCGGCAGGAGGGUCGCGCCGUCCUGGUUUUCAUCACAAGGCUUUUCCUCCCCCUUCUUCUCCAUUCCCUGAGGCACCAACACUGAAACUCCGAGGAACCUCCCAGGAGUCAGAACCAGCGCCAGUCCCUCGGUGUCCGCGGCAACCCAGGCCCAAGCUUCAGUUUUCCACCCGAACUUGAUGCCUACUGAUCGCACCGCAGGGGAGCCUGGCCUUCAGUUACCGACGGGGGUGAAUGUGUGUGUAUUACAUUGUCCAAGAGAGAUUAGGGUGAUGACCGAUGGCGGAGGGUGCAGAGCAAGAGCCAGCCGUGCCUGCCUGGUGUGCCCCCUCGGAGGGCACGGAGGGCGAAGGGGGGGAACGGAGGGAAGAGCCCAGAGGGGAGAAGCCUUUGGAUGGAAAGUGGGCGGGCGAGGAGUCCGGGUGCGUCCAGGAGACCUGGCCAGGCUGCCCAUCUGCCCCGCGUCGAGCUAGCCGGCCCUUCCUGGGAGUGAACUGCCUGGGGGCACUUGACCUUGAGGACUCCCCGUAUCCCCCACUGGUGCCAGGGAGUCACCUGGACCAGAAGGGGAGGAAGACGAAGGCAGAGCGAGGGGCGCCCUGAGGAUUAGGCCCUGGAAGCAAACUGGAGAUCAGGUGAGAGGUCCACGUGCAGAGCCGCCGGCCCCGAAACCCGUUUCUCAGGCUUAGUGACACUCCGCACGCUGCAUCACAGGCUGCUGCCUUCUUUGGCUUUUCGGAGCACCCAGAACCUUCCCCGGGAAGACCAGAGGCCUCAGAGCUUCCAGGACAUUGUUUCUAAGCAUAGAGGCAGCCCAGGAAGAAAAGUCUGCCAGGGCCUCCACGUCGGCUGGUGACCAGCGCCCGGAAGCUGUUUCCUUCUGUUUCAGAACCAACCGCGGCCUCGCUUCCAUCCUGUGUGCCCUGGAGCCUCUGCUCUCCCACCUGGCUCCUCAGCCCUGCAGGCCCUUGGCUGCUCUUGGCUUAUCUGUUUUUCCCAGUGCAGAAGAGGAAAGGAAAGCGCAGCCCUCGGCAUCGUCAGCAGUGGGGGUCACCGCUGCUUCGGGGGAGGCGCCUGGCAUGAGACUAACACAUAUUUUUAUGGGGGGGGGACAUCAUCAGCCUUCUUCCCCCCUUCUCUUUUCUCCAUCCAGCUUCCUUUUCUGACUCCUGUUCCUCUCUUCGCUCCCUGACUUCCCUUUUCUUGUCAGCCAGCUGGGGCUUUAAGCGCCGUUUGGUGCCCCGCGCUGUGGAGGUGGAUUUUGAGCAGAAUUCUGACUCUGUGGGUGGGGGGUGGGGUGGGGGGAGUGGGGAACCGGGGGAGAUCCAGGUUCCGGAGGUCCCCCCCUGGAGGAGUAUCUGUAAAUGUUUGUGCCUGAGCACCUGCUGUUUCUCUCCAAAGCGGAACCUUUCCAGCGCUCUUUCCAUUCUGAGUUCAUCAGGGAGAAAGUUUCAAUAAAGUUCCAGUGUCUCUUUCA